UUUGAACAACAUUCUCAACUGUGAAAUAUUGAAUCUUGAAUAGUGUCAAAAUAAUAAAAUAUCAAGGACAUUUAUGAUCCGACUAAAGUUUACAAAAUAUUGUCGAAGUUUAUUCAUUAAAACAAACAGGGAUAAAUAUCUGUAAAAAAUACGAUAAAAAACAAAUUUAAAAGGAAGUAGUGGAGCAAUCUGCGCGAUUGGUAAUAUAAAAAAGUUCAGACAAAAAUGGCAUAUAGUCGUCCUUGCACUGUCAAGAAGGCUCCUUCGGCAGCAUUCUCUAACCUGAGAAUUGAAAGCAGGUCCCCUGACAUUAAUUGGAGAGACACAAGGACAGCCGCACAAUGCUUGUCACAUCUUUGUCUUUCGGAACAACUUUCAGACAUCACCUUUACCUUCAGCGCCUAUAGAGAUGUAAAACUUCCGGCCCAUAAAUUCGUACUGAGCAUGCGGAGUGCUGUUUUUGAAGCCAUGUUUUUUGGUUCACUUUCAGAGGGAGGGAAAACAGUUACAAUUGAGGAUAUAGAACCUGAGGUUAUGAAGACUGUAUUAAAGUUUGUUUACGACGAUGAGCCAACGAUAAACGGAGACAAUGUAUUACCUUGCUUGUACACUGCAAAAAAGUACAACUUGUCUGGUCUUGUUAUACAAUGUUCAGAAUUUCUUGAAAACAACAUAGACGUGAGUAAUGUCUGUCAGGUUCAUGAACACGCCGUCUUUUAUGAAAUGAAACCUCUACAAGAAAGAUGCCUUGCAUUCAUCGUGGAAAACGCAACAAGUGUAUUUUCGUCACCAGGCUUUUUAAGUUUAUCACAAGUAACAUUGUUAAAUGUUCUCAAAAGUGAAGAAUUAGUGAGCGAUGAAAUUGAUGUAUUUACAGCAGCAAUCAGAUGGGCAGAACAUAAGUGUGAGGUCAACAAGAAGUCCAAGAUUGGAGAAAAUAUGCGCAGUCAACUUGAAGAAGCAGUGUUUCAGAUACGAUUUCCGAUAAUACCGAUUGAAAAGUUUGCGCAAGUAGUUGCUCCAUCCGGAAUACUGACCAAAGAAGAGCUAUUGAUUCUGUAUCAGUAUAACGCAACUAAAGGGACAAGUCCUAUUGGAACAUUCAGACAUGAGAACAGAUCUGGAGCAACCUUAACAAUUGAUCUUAGGAAACAUGUCAAUUCCAAGCAAUAUCGAAGAGCCAACAACAAUGGUUCUUCAUUGCAAGUUGAGUACAUAUCACACGGAGACAGGUGCAAUGAUUACGAUUACGAGUCAUAUGAUGAGGAGGAAUCAUUUUGUGAAGAUGACAUACAUGACAUAAGGGUAUCUAAUGACAAUGGUCUAACUUUUAAAAUUACCAAAGCACCUCUUAAGUUGAAGUCAAUUACUGGUAUGUUUGUAAGGAACGUCAAAAGAAUAACUAACAAUGGAAAAAAUGUUACAGGCUAUAAAUUUAUGGAAAAUAAGAUACUUUUUGAACCACCGAUUGAAAUGAAGGACAGGAAAAUUGUUCAGUUCAUCCCAGAAAAAAAGAGGAGAAAUUAUACUGCUGAUUUAGAAGAAUUGCCUUUAUUUAGCAAAAGCCGUCAGUCUAAAAGUGUCGACAUCAAUCAGUAUAAGUGUACCAUUACGCAGAUCCCUGCUGAAACGGAAACCAUAACAUUUCUUAAAUGAUACCACAUUUAAUUGCAAGUACUACCUAAGUAGGAAAUAGAUAAUCAAAUGUACUUUGAAUUUUGUGUACUUGUAACAUUUAUUGAUCACGGUAUAUAUGUAACAUUAAAGCUUUGCUAUAAUUGAUGCUAUAUACAUGUAUAUAUUACCACAUAAUGAAAAUAUAUCCGCUUAAAUAUAUUAUGAGAGGCAAAUCUAUUGUUAUAGUAAAAGCUUUUUAAAACGUCAAUUGUGUUAAUAAUGUUUUUUACUUUUGGGUUAAGCAAAACAAAUAUUAUAUACAGAGAUUUUUUCACAAGUUCGGUACCUUAUCUGACCUUAUUGAUAAUUUCUUUUUAUCAACAACGAAAUAAUAUCUAAGUUUCACUCAUUGUUGCUUCUAAUGUUAUAAACAUGAAAUUUAAAUAAAAACAAAAACGACUGCAAUUUAUAUAAGUUUCUUAUUGAUUAAUCAAAAGUGUG